AUGCUGGACAGGAGUGAUCUCUGUGCAGAGGUUUCCAAAGGCUGGAAACACCUGACCAUAUCGGAAGGCACAGCAUGGACUGAUCGUGGUAUUGGUGUUGGACCUCUGCUGCUGGCUUCCAUGAGCAGCAUCCCUCAUUUGUUAAGGAAUUCCUGCACCUUAUGGGCUGCUUUUGGGGAAGCUCUGUACUGUUACAACAUACUUUAUGUUAAUGCAACUACUUUUGUUGUCUUACCACAGAUAAAUUCUGAGGAGCGUGUUGAUACAGCUGAUCAGGAGACAGUCUCCUGGGAUCACAGUAUUCCUGAGGACAUAAAGCAAAAAAUACAGCCUAAAGAGGUGCCAGCAGAAAGUGUCACUGUCUGGAUCGAUCCAUUAGAUGCUACACAAGAAUACACAGAGGAUCUUCGACAGUAUGUCACGACCAUGGUUUGUGUGGCUGUAAAUGGUAAACCAGUAAUAGGUGUGAUACACAAGCCCUUCUCGUCAUACACAGCUUGGGCAAUGGUGGAUGGUGGGUCAAACGUAAAAGCUCGUUCCUCCUACAACGAGAAGACUCCAAGGAUUAUUGUGUCCCGCUCCCAUGCAGGAAAAGUUGAGCAGGUUGCACGACAGACAUUUGGAAAUAAAACUGUGAUAAUCCCCGCUGGUGGAGCAGGUUAUAAAGUGUUGGCCCUCCUUGAUGUGCCUGAAAAGAACCAAGAAGAAGCUGAUGUGUAUAUCCAUGUCACCUACAUUAAGAAGUGGGACAUAUGUGCUGGAAAUGCAGUGUUGAGAGCUUUGGGUGGCCAUAUGACUACCCUGACUGGUGAAGAAAUUAGUUACACUGGCUCAGAUGGCAAUGAAGGAGGACUUAUAGCCAGUAUCAACAUGAACCAUAAAGCACUAAUUGAAAAACUACCAGAUCUGGAAAAAACAUCGCACAAAUAAGCAUGACUGAUGGAGAAGUACAAGUUGUGCUUUUGUAGCCUCCAGAUGCUCUGUCUGAAGAAGCAGGUGUGAAAACCUGCUGGAAAAGAUGCACAACAAAGCAGUUUGGUGUGGAUUUGGGGACUGUAUCUUGCAUUGGUUUUUGUCAGUGGUGGUAUUUAAAAAGAAUAAAAUAAUAAUAAUAAUUGGAAGUAGGAAGGGGACAAUGGUCUCGCACAUCAGUUUCCAUGUUUUAUUUUUUUCAGACUGUUUUCAUGCAGUUCUUAUACUCAAGGUGCAUUUACCAUAUAUAUUGGUGAACAUAGGUGAACUAAGGAAAAAUCCAAUUUUUUUGGUAAAAUAACCUAAGUAUUUCUCGCAGGAAUUUCUUGAAACCUUUUACAUCUUAUUGUAGUUUUAGUGAUUCCAUAAUAAAUUAGGUAGAAAAAAAGCUUGAUUUUUAUAGGCAUCUGGUAACUGUAAUUGGUUUAUCAGGAAUCAUGACCUCGUAUUUUGUAUCCCCUGAAUGGAAAGCACAAGAAGGUUAAUUCAAAUCUAUAUGCAGCAACAGUUUAUCUUUGACAGUGUGGCACUCUCUGCUUUUUAAGAGAAAAAAGGAAAUGUUUUUGACUUCUUUCCUGAAGAUGUAAACCAAUUUUAGUUCAGGUGGGUUGUGAAUAUCGGUGUUUUAUUAAUCAGUGUAAUUAUUUCCUUAUACCUUUUUAAAAGAAGGCAGCAUUUCCUUGUAUAGUUUUUAGCAGUUUCUUCUUGUCCUUGAUUUCUGCAAGCAAUGUUGAAGAUGCAUGCUAGAUUUUUCUCUAAUGUAGGGCUUGUUCAUCAUGUGAUGUUUGUGCCUAUAGAAGCAGCUUCCUUCAGUAUCUCUUAUUUUGUUUGUUUGGAUUUUCUUUCCAUUGGACAGAGUCACAGGAAAUGAGUUUUACAGAAAUAAUAGGUUGACUGGUUAGUUCCAUUUCCAACACAAGAUAUAAACCAGCACUUUUUCUACAACUCCAGGAACAGCUUUUUCUUUUUAGCUUGCAGCACACUCUCUCCUGCAGAAAGCUCUUCAGCCAUUCCAAACAGCUUGUGCUUAUUUGGUUUGUGGUAAUUUACAGAGGGAGAAGAAACCAUUUGAACUUGAAUCUGCUUAAGCAAGUUUGAAGAACUUAUGGCACGUGAAGUACAGCAGGGUCUGCAAAAUUUUGCUGAAAACAGAAGUCCACAACUUCUAGAGGUACAACAAAUUGCCAUUUGAUAUCAAAGGACCUGCAUUCUAUCUCCAAACAUGUAACCAUCUGCAUUGUUGUUCUCUGCAUCUCCCUAAAAGGUUUCAAAAGGUUAAAAUAUAUGUGUUAUUUGAAUUAUCAGAAAAUAAGCUGCCCAUCUCUCCUCAAGAAUGCUAAAAUUCUGAGUUAAUAUAGAUGGUUUCUGUUCAAAGUUUGUUCAGUAAAGGCUUAGGCUGCUUGAUCCAAACCCUUAAUUCUUUAAUUUUGACUUCUUUCAUAUUGUUAAUGAGAACUGCUGUUCUGAUUAAAAAGAGGUUUUUCUCCUUAGGUCAGUAAUGGAGAAUGUUUAGAUACUACUUUCAACUUCUAGCUGAAGUUCACAUUUCCAAAAGACUUCCCAGAUGCUGCAUAAUUACAGAUACAGACUUUUAUUUCUUAAACUAACUGGCAAAGGAGACUGAAGCUUAGUCCUAUGGGCCUUUACAGGUAGUUUUUGGAGAACUUCUUUUCCAACACAGACACUAUUGCUGCUGCUCUUUGAAAAUAACUUUUACACAUGUAGAUAAUACACAAAGCAAUUUUACUUUCAAUUCUUAAAUUUAAGAAACUUCUAUAUGCUAUAAGUGAUCAUACCCUUUUUAAAAAGGAUUUGAUCUAUUUCAGAAAGUUGUUGAGCUUCCAAACUUCAGUGAAGACUAAAAGAAACAUAUUUAUCAAGGUUUUAAGAUUUUACAAGAAGAUUGCAGCUUUUUAAGGCAGAUUUAAAUGUCUUAAAGCCUAAUUUAAUAAAAACAGCUGUUUGUAUGUUUAUUUGUUAAAGAACAUGGAUUAAAAUUUAAAUAUGAGAAAUAGCCGUAGUUAGCCUAGUAUAAAAACCUGAUUGUGUGACAGAGAAGGAAUGCACAAUAUUUAAGUAGGCAAUUAAGAUAAAAUCUGUGGCAAGUUGGGGUUUUAGAAUCAGCUUGAAAUCCUAUGUAAACAUACUUCCUAAAAAUGGGACUGCUUUUAUUCUGGGGAAUGCUUCUAUCACAUCCUUGCAUAAGCUGUGAUCAGACUUCCUGUAUGGGAAAUUAAAAAUGUUAUGUAAUGUACAAGGACUUAGUUGUAUCAGUUGAAGGCAUAGACCAGUGAACAAAAGUAUUUGCCUACAUUAUUUUUCCUUAGGAAAACAAAGUACCUUAGGAGAGGCCCUCUUUUCCUUCCUCCCACAUGCUGGCUAAAAUGCCUAGCCUUCCAUUAGGAAGACUUGUGCUUGUUUAGACACAUUAAUAUCCUAAAUCGCUUUGUUGCAAUGGAUCACAGUGUUCAGUACCUUUCACAGGGGACCAUUAUUGGCCUGACCUCACUCCUGGUGAAACUGAGGAGGAGGUGGUGCAGGUGCCCAGUUAAUUACUUGUAGUAGAGCCUGAGCUCGUUUCCCACAGUUGAGGGCUAAGGUAGUGCUUGUGGUCUCCCAGCGUAAUUUAAAGAGCUCUGGUGUGAGAAUAGGUGAGCAGUUGGUGAGUAUCAGUUUCAGAUGCCAUUUUGCAAUAAAUGUAACUCUUAUGCAGACCAGCAAGUAUUCACAAGUGCUUGCUUAGUGCACACAUCCCGGUGCACUUUGUAUGAUGUUAACACUCAGCUUGUCAUUUCUUUGACUGUUUACACUCCUUUCUGAAACAUUCUGCUUAAAUUCUGGCUUGAAUAUUUGUUUGGUCUCAUCAGUGUGGAUGUGACUUAACCUUAUGCCCAGAGGGUAGGAAAUCAUCCAUAUCCAAAUCUCACUGCUGGGCUACGUCAGUGUUCUUUAUAUCUUAGCCUUUUCCACAUGAAGCUGUCACACACCAUUGUUAGGGAUGCUACUUCAAACAAAUGCAUGUUGUAGGUAGGUCCUACAAAAGUAUAUAUUUUAAAAAAUCUUCAUUAAAAAAAAAUCAUAGUAGCAUUCUAGCUCCAAAUAAGGGAAGUAAGAGAAUGUAUUAUUUUAACAUUGGUUUUCCAAUGGUGGAUAUUUUGAGUGGCUAUUAUGAUUAAGGUGGUUGCAAGUGAAAUUAUUCUAAAGCUGUAUGUAUUUUCUCUUUUUCAUUCUUCUAAAAAGAGUGUAUGAUAGCAUAGAUAAUACCUGGUAUUGUACCAAGAGCCCUAGCUUUCAUUCCUUGAAUGAAUAUUUUUAAAUAAAUGGAGACAGAAAUUAAUGGGUUGAAUAUUGUAUUUAACUGGUUUUGAGAUUAACCUGUUUGCCAGACUUUUACAGAUGGGUUUAAGAACUGUUUGUUCUGAUCUACAGAGCAUGUAAUGAUAAUGAAAAUACAUAGCAGAUAUGGCAUACUUGGAGAGUGAGUUAACGAUACAGGUGAAGCUGCAAAGUCAUCUAGUGAUAUUGUUCCAUAUAUUUACUUCAUGGUUGUUACAAGGGGCAGAUUUUCUAAGUGGCUUCAGGUGUGAGAAAAGUUUUGAUUUUGUUUUUUUUAAAUGGCCAAUGGCUGGAGACCAGAGGUGGGGAGGGGAGUCAGUACAGUAUGGGGUUAAUCUCUGCUUUUUUGUUUAUAAGUAAGUGUCCUACUAGCUUAUGUCUUAAAUGUCUUACUAGCGUCCUGUUACCUAUUUGGGUUGCACAACAGUAGUGCAGUGUUGGAUACUUCUGAUUUAAUGUCUAAAACAAGGAGUCCACAUCUCCCAAGAAUUGUGGAAUGAGAAGUGACCAGGUGUCAUUCUGGGCUUCUGCUGUGUUAUGCCAGCAGAGAAUGGCUGCUUUGUGGUCUCCUGGAUGUCAUUCCAGUAGCGCUUUCUCUCACAGAAAACUGUUUUUCCAGGCUACUGUCUCCCCAGUUAUGCCCAACUUCUUUGUAGAUCUGUUUUCUGAAGUAAACAAGCAGUUGAAAGAAGCAGAUGGAUGUGCAACAGAGGACAAUUAUUUUUGUUUCUUUGUUUUUAAAUUGCAGUAAUUGUUUCAUGUCUCUUGUCUUUCAGGAGUUAGUUAAUGGUACAGGUAAGAUUCAAUGAACCACAAAUAAAUGCCUGUGGGAUUUUAAGCCCAAGCAGGAGGAGGGCAGGAAGGACAGCCUCUAACCAAGGCAAACUUCAGUGGAUGGUUUUCAGUCAGGCCAAUCACGCUGAGUCCUUCAUCUCUGCUUUAGCGGUUUAGGCCCUUUCACACAAACAGUUACAAAUUUGACUUUGCCAAAAUAUCACUGAUAGUCUUGUCUUCUAAUGUGCUGUCCUUAGUGAUAAAACUGGACUAUAUCUGCUUCACUGUAAUGUAACUCCUUGAGGCAAGAAUGUGGUAACUCUGAGGACCAAUUGUGACCUGUGAGCCCCACCUUCCUCGUGGCAGCUCUUGCAGUGAUGACCUAGUACUUGCUGCAUGUGUCUUCCCACCCCAUAAGCAGGCCAUGCAUCCCUAUUGAGAAGCUGUUGAAGCCUUAUAUAUUUUGGUUUUCAGGUGCCACAGCAGCUCUUUCAGCUCUUCUGUAAGAAGUGCUCAUCCAGUUUCCUCUCUCUGGAGCCAUUAAUUAGUGGCCAUUUUUCCCUCUUUGCUCUUCGUCUCUCUUCCAUUCUGAUCCUUGAUCCUUUUUUAGUCAAUGUGCACAAGCAAAAUGAGAGACCAGAGAUGAAGAUAGUCCCAGAAUAAGAGGACUCCAGCAGUCAACUAUCCAACUUAUCCUGAAGCUGGUAAUGUUUGGGACUAAGGUCUAAAGCAGUGACUGAUUCAACCAGAAGUUGCCAACAAAACAAUGGGAACAUGGAGAGGUUCAUGCAAUUAGGGGUACUGAACAUACGGUUUGGUAGUUAAACACCCAAAAAGAAGAAGAAAAUGGUUUUUCAUUAUAAUGUUAUCAUAAUGUUCCAAGUAUUUGUCAUUUGUGCCCCCCCAGGUGCAGAGCUUCAUUGCUUGUGAAAGAGACUGCAUUGGUCCUCUGUGAAAGAAUUUGUCGAUUUUGUUGAACUCAGUAGCAGUAAUCCACAGAACUCAAUGUGAGCAACACCAAGUCAGAUAAAACAGGAACAGUAAAUCUAAAUUCUGAAAAGCUCAACCUCUGUCAAUAGAGCAAAUAACCUGGGUUGUGCUAGUUACCUCUUAACAGCUUCAGUCUGCAUUUGGAAAUGUCAUCCCAGUGUCUGAGGUCUUUCAGGUUUUUUUGUGUUCUACAGCUGAUAGAGCUCACUUUCAGGUAACAUUGUUUUCUACACCAAUUGUUCCUUAUUUGCAAUACAUAUUUUAUUUAUUCUCUCCAAAGGAUCAGCAACACUCCAGCAUUUCUACUCUUGUCCCACCAAAUUGUAUUAGCAUUUUCCAAUUGUGUGCCAAAUUGAAGUAACAAUUCUAUAAAUAAAUUCUCUGAAAAUA